AUGGCUGCCCUCGUUCCCUUCCCUAAAUCUGGCAUUUCUGCCACUUAUUCCCCAUGGACCAAGACCCUGUAUCUUGAGGCCAAGGGCAAGGUUCCCGGCUACCUCGCGGGAGCUUUCAUCCGACGCGAAGACUGGGACGGCGGUCUUCGUUUUUCUCUCAGAGCCUUUCCUCUGCUCUUCCCCGAGGGCUUUCCUCCUCCAUCUCCCAAGCAGAUCGAUGCCACUCUGAAAGUCCCCAUUCAACUUCCCAUCUCUUGGCUUAACAGCAAGAGUGUCUUGUUUGAGACCGCGAAUGGUGUAUACACCAUCCCUAUCAAAUACCUGCUUGCGGGUGUCGGACCUGCUGAUGAGCCGAAGAACGGUCUUACUUCGUCUAAUGGUCAGACCGAUGGUCAGGCCAGUGAGCAGACUGAUGAAGGUCGUGUCAUUGGUAGUGUCUUGACUCCCAUCGAGGUUCCUCUGGGUGCAGAGGCCAACUACCGAAUCUCGGCUAGAAUCCCUCCUUCUCAGGAGGGCGCGAUUGUUCCACUUCCGUCAGUCAAACUCUCCUUCAACAACGAGUUCAUCAAGCUUGUUGAUGCCAGCUAUGAAGGUGGCUCCAUCGUGUGGGACAUCGCCUGGCAAAAACUCCCGACUGAGGAGGGCACCAACCCCCAGGCUGUCGACGUCACUACUAGCACCCCGCAUACCCAGUUUGGAGGUUUGACCACUUGGUCUCGCGUCAUCCAGCCCUACACUGUUGAAUUUGUUGUCUUUGAAAAGAAGUAG